AUGGAUUAUAUUUCGAAAUGGAGAAACGUUUGGCAACCAGACAUUAAAAUGCAAAUUCGAAUGCGAUUUGCACUCUCAUUAACAAGAGAGGAACGGUGAGACAAUGAAAUUUUACUCACUGGCAGAUGUGAGAGAAACUAUUGGGUUGGUAGAAAAUUGUAUUAUAUAGCAAUUACUAUUGGGGCGUCCAAAAAUCAAAAUUUCACAGCUGUCCAAUUUUGAUCAAAAUUGUAGCUAACUUAAUUCUGAUCAUUAUAAUACAACUUUGAAUAAAAAUAUUUGAGUUUGAACAGAAAUUGGACAGGUCUGAAAUUUUCAUUUUUGGACGCCCUAUAUAGAAACGUUUAUAAUUUUGAGAACUGCCAGUUUACGAGACAACAAACGCACGCUGAUUUUAAAAUCAGCGUCCAAAUCAAGAGAGUGACGCGUAGAGAAAAGACGCGCGUUUCUCGACACGAACAAACGAUACUACUGUAAAACUACUGUAGCUAUUGUUUCGCGUGUGUGGUUGGAAGAAAGAGCAACUACUAAAUACUAGAGAAACGUUUUGGUUUCGACGAUUUUUUGAAAAGGACUGAGUUGCUAUGGAAACGAAACAGCGUGCAUAUGCGGACAUUAGCACUUUGGAGCGUUAUGCCCAAUAGGUACACAGCGUGUGUUUUACUACCCAAAAUUUUUCGCGCAUUUUUUUUUGAGACCUGACAUUAUCUUAGGGGUGGGGCUAAAUAUCGACGAAAUCAACGCAAAAGUGAGAGAUUUAGAGAAAAUUCGAGUUCUAGCGGUUUGAGGUAGUGAAAUACACACUGUGGGUAUGGGCCGAGGAGAGAUUAUACGUAAAUUGCAUUUUCAUGUUUUUUGAGUUAAAAUAUCGAAUUUUAAUCGUAUUCAUAGGAUAGAAAGGUCUAAGACAAACAGAAUGAUAUAAAUUUUGAUGAGUUUACGUUACCCUUAAGUGAUUUAGCGAGGUUUAGUCGCUAAAUCACUUAUGGAUAACGUAAAGUCAUCAAAAUUUACAUCAUUCGAUUUGUCUUAGACCUUUCUAUCCUAUGAAUACGAUUAAAAUCCAAUAUUUUAACUCAAUUGUGAAAAAACAUGGGGUUCGAAGUUUGAACUUCGAACCCGUCACCUAGAGAGAGAUCGAUAGCUAGAACUUCAAAGCUCGCCCUGAAGCUAAAGCAGACGUCGAAAUUCCGCAUUUUCUCACAUAAUUCAAGUCUACCCUAGAAAACCCGCAUCAAUAAAAAGUGCAAAAUCACAUGACUCAAAUAGAAAAAAACCCGACAAAACAACAAUUUUCAGCAGCGUCUCUCAGCCAAACAAUAAAACAACGCGACAAAGACGAAGAAGACGAAAAAACAAAGAUAGAGAGAGAUGCAGAGAAACAUGCGGUGAGCGCCCGACGAUGCGAGAGAACAUGGCAACCGGUAAGAGACGCAGACAACUGGGGGGGGUAGGUAGCAGCACAUAUACACACAUUAAAAACGAGGCCAGCGCGCAUAUAUUUCGUUUCGUUUCUUAUACAUACUCUCUCUCUCUCAGCUGACGACACACACACACAUCAAACAAUCGAUCAAAUAUUAAACACUGCAUGUACAUCUAGAGAGAGAGAGAGAGAGAGAGAAAGAGAGAGAGAGAGAGAGAAAGAUACGUUUUCGCUUGUUGCGGGCGACGGUAUUUAGAUAAAAUAAGUAGUACAACAUUAUUAUUAGGAUACCAAAACUAAUUGUAAAACGGAGAGGAAAAAGCACGAUUUGUAAACAAGUGGAAAUGUGGUGCAACUCGAUAUAUUCUGUGAGGAAAAUGCUCUGAAUUGUGACGUGGCAGAGUUAGAAGAACUCGGAAGAAUUAAGAUAGGAGACGGAAGCUAACCUAGAUCUAGAAAAUUCCAAGAAUCUGGAAAAUAUCUGCAUGGCACACCCUAAAGUGCAUAGUACAAAUUUCGUCAGACAAAAAAAAACUAUAGCCGGAAAUUCGGACGAAAAGGAAUAGGCGAAAAAAAAUUUAAUUUAAAAAUUAACCUCUCUUAAGUAUCUAAGGGUUCCCCUGAAUUUUUCAAAUCCAUUUAUGAAAAUCCCAGAAGCGCUCUAGAUAUUUCACAGACCACACCAACAUUUUCACUCGAAAAAAAUGUGGUCUAUGCUCGAUUUUUUUCGUGGCUUCUUACUUUUCAUGAAAUCCAAUUAUUAUUUAGUCACUGCGUCCAAAAUGUGUCUUUUUUAUUUAUAUUUAUAUUUUUUCCAAAUGAAAUUUUUUGUAAUCUCAAACUUUUUUUCUGACUAAAAAUCAAACUAUUUAUAGUUUUUCAGCCAAGUUUCUUGAAAAUGUCGCAAGAAGACUUCGCAACUCCAUUGAGGAAUGGAAAAACGUUAGUUUAAAACCUAAUUCUAGAAUAUUAUUUUUUUAAAAAUAUUUUUCUAGAUUUGCAAACCCGCCAUCAUUCAAAAACUGGGGAGGACUUCCCAGUGGCAGGGAUAUUUUUCGUUUUCGAUUUUCCGAAACUGAUCAUGAAAAUGUUCCGAAAAACGCGUCAGAGUUGGAUCAAACAAUACCAAUCAAAAAUCUAACAAAAUUUGAGAGCAAAAGCAAACUUUUUGCAUCCUGGUUAGGUCAUGCUACAGUACUUGUGAAUAUUGAAGGUGCAACAGUUAUAACCGAUCCGAUUUGGGCUCAAAGAGCAUCCUUCAUUUCUGUGGCUGGACCAAAAAGAUACAGACCUCCCCCGAUGAAAAUUGAGGAUUUACCAAAAUUGGAUUAUGGUGUUAUUUCGCAUGAUCAUUAUGAUCAUUUGGAUUAUGAAGCGGUGAAGAAAAUUACAGAGUAAGAAGUGCAAUUUUCAGAGCUUUUGUCAAAAAAAAAAUUAAUUUUCAGAAUGAACCCAUCGAUUCGAUGGUUUGUCCCAUUGGGAAUGAAAUCAUGGAUGAUAUGUAAUGGAAUUCAAAAGAUCAGUCCGUCAAACGCAGAUCUCAUCACCGAAAUGAACUGGGGUGAAAGUGUGAAGGUGAAAAAGGACGGAAAAGAUUUCGAAAUUUGGUGUGUUCCCGCUCAACAUUGGGGACAACGCGGACCAUUUGAUAGAAAUCAUGUAAGCCUUGUUUUCUAGAGGGGGAAAAUCGUAUGAACAAUUUUUUGUAGAGAUUAUGGUCAGGAUGGUCAGUGAUUGGGCCGACAAAGCGAUUCUAUUAUUCUGGAGACACCGGCUUCUGUGAGAGUGAAUUUCGAAAAAUUGGCGAUAAAUUGGGGCCUUUUGAUUUGGCCGCGAUUCCGAUUGGAGCCUAUGAGCCAAAGUGAGAUUUUUCGAUUUUAAUUCUGAAAUUCAGUAAAAUCUUUUCUUAUAGUUGGUUCAUGAAAUCUCAACACAUCAAUCCAGAAGAAGCAGUAUCAGUUCAUGAAUUGAUCAAAUCUCGAAUGAGUAUCGGAAUUCACUGGGGAACUUAUCAUAUGGGAUCCUAUGAGGUGAAGAACAUCUACUUACCCUAACUAUUUUCGUAUUUUCAGCACUAUCUAGAGCCACGUGACAAAUUGAAAACGUUGAUGGAAAAUCGAGAAGAUUUGAAACACACUAAAUUUAUAACAAUUUCUCCGGGAGAAAUUUGGGAAUUGAAAUAG